AUGGAUAGAAUAAGACAUGAGACUUAUAAAGCAACGCUAAAGAAAAUUCCCGCAACCAGGCUGUCCCGGCUGACUGAAGCUUUAAUCAACUACGAUCCUGUUUUAAAUGAAUACUUUUUUGAUCGACAUCCUGGUGUUUUUGCUCAGAUAUUGAAUUAUUAUCGAACAGGAAAGUUGCACUACCCAACAGAUGUAUGUGGACCCCUUUUUGAAGAAGAAUUAGAAUUUUGGGGAUUAGAUGCAAAUCAGCUAUAUAAAGAUGCUUUAAACCUAGCGUAUAAUAUCUUGCCAAUCUUGAUUUCUCUUAUAACGUAA